AUGAAUGUUCUUCCAACCUUCAGAGGACUAAUUGACGAUGAAUUUGAUGCUGCACUUCUCAUACAAGCUGUCUUAGAUGGGAAACUACAGCAUGUACUACGAAGGCCAUCUGACUUCGAAAGACAAUCACUUAUUGUUCCUGGUAAUGUUUUCGUCUUCAUAGAGGAAAUGUCUGGGAUAAAACGAUGGACAGAUGGUAUCAAUUGGUCUCCUUCUCGCAUUUCUGGAAAGUUCCUGAUAUAUAAAGAAUUAAAUAGAGAUUAUCCAAGUUUAAUAUCGUCAAGUGGUCCAAUACCGCCAAGGGUUAAUAUGCCAAAUUUCCAAUCUCCAAAAAACAACGUGAAUACGGAUAUGAAUAUACAUCUGAAUAAUAACCGAGUACCAUAUGCCAUGUAUUCUCAAGAAAGUAUGGCUAACUAUCCAUCAAUUCAUACUGGAUUUGUUAAAAAGACAUUCUCCAUAAAGUUACCAACAGGUACGAAUAAUCAAGUUUAUCAUAACAUUCACAUAAUUUCAUACUAUAAUGAGAGCGAUAACGAAGAUGGGAAACUCGAAACACCUAAGAAGCACUUCCUUUUUAAAAGUGUCACACCAAGUCCAAUAUUAAUAAAGACAAUAGAACAAAUAACAUUAGGAAAUUCAAGAACGAAUCCUUCAAAACCAAUUGAUAAACCUCGAAAGGUAACGAAAGAUACCGUACAUCGUACAAAGUCUGACACAGCACUCGCACAACGUAUUAUGGACCCAAUUGAAAACCGAAGGCCAAAGAAAUAUCGUCUACCAGUACCAUAUUGUGUUAGUCAACCUGUUUGUGAGCACCCUACUGUAUCUAGUCCACAAUUAGAUAUUUCUAACCCAGUCCUUUAUUCUGUAACGGAUCCACCUAUAUCCUUUUCUGUCAGUAGUGUUAACCCACACGUCGAAGGCGGCAGUAAUAGCAGCAGCAAGAACAAUAGCAACGAUAAUAUUACUACUGCUGCCAUUAGAUAUCAAAGCAGUUCUAGUCAAAGGUUACCUCCGUUGAAUAGAGACACCACUCAAUUCGUCACACCUACUUUUGCCAGGAGGACGGGGAAUAUCAGCAGCCUAAUUCAUCAUGAUUCAACUCCCGAAAGUCCCCGAAUUAUCAAAUCAACGUUAAUGAACCAUAUUGAACCAGCUACCAUAAUGAAUAUCAUUGAUAAUAAAAAUGGAAUCAUAACUAGUAAUAUCUUACCUCCUCUAAACAUUUCUGAUCCACAGACUGGAACCCCGAAACCUAAUAAUAACAUUAAUAAUCAUCAUCAUCAUUCAUCACCUAGAAUCAAUCAAAUAUCACCAACUACCAGUGGAGGUUCAGAUGUCGGUAAUAAUCGUUACAUUCUGGAGAAUCCCAAUCUAAAAUCAGCGCAACUUCCCACGAAAAUCAUGAAUGUCUUAGAUACAAAUGUCAUGUACAGCUAG